AGGUAACUCUAAAUCAUCAUACGUGUGCAACUUCCGGAAUCAAUAUUUACACAUUCCUUCUAAGUUCUUGUUGAGUGAUGAAGUUGUGAUCUUCGAGUACGUGAUAUUAACCUUUACGAAUAAGAAAUAGUGUGGAACAGUUGUCAAAUUAGACAUAAGGCAUACAGUUAUGAUUGGAUUCUGAGGAGGGCAGUCAUUUUGAGCAACUUUCAUCAAUCACUGUAAUAGUUAAGUGAAGCAUAGCAUGGUCCAAUUCGUCGGAUCAAAGUUUAAAAACUGACAUUGAUAUACAUUCCAAAGUGACCACUCUUCAUUGUGAAUGAUGCCCAAAAGGAGUGUAGUGGACGGUCAAGGUGCCAAGUACCACAAACUGAUAAGGUCAGGGGAUGAUGGCUAUGUUGAUCUACAGUUUGAGAGACCACCCCCCAAGAUUCCAUACAAAGCCAUUCUGUUGGCUGUGAUACUGUUUACAGUGGGAAGUUUAAUGAUCAUUAUUGGGGCCAUGUUGCUGUCUGGAUAUAUUGAUGCUAAGUACAAUGAUAGGACGUGGCCUGUUCUCCUGAUUGGUGCCCUCAUGUUCAUCCCUGGAGCAUACCACGUUCGUAUUGCUUACUACGCAUAUCAAGGCUACACAGGAUAUUCAUACGAUGACAUUCCUGAGUUUGAUUGACAAUUCUAGUGACGCUAAAGUCUAUACAAAUAUUUUUGGAGAAACAUUUUUUUUCUGGUUUAAAAAGAAAAUAUUCACAAUAUGAGAUUUUCUUUUAGUAUAUAAGCACCUUGAGUAUUGGUUAGAUAUUAGUGGUAGUUGUCUAAUACAGAUGUUCUAUGAAAAUGUUGAUUUUUUUUUAUGGUAGAUCUUUGAUUUUAAUUGUUUAUGUUAAAGUGUUGGUCAAAUAUUUACCUCAGGCUAAUUAAACUCUUUUAACUGUGAGUGUAGAAAAAAUAUGUACCCCACAAACAUGAGUAUAUGGUGAGAAACUACUGUCUUAUUCUCCCAUAUGAUCGAAUAAGAGAAUAAGAAAAUUACUAAAAAAAAUUGUAAAAAAAAUGAAAUCUGAUUUCAUGCUCAUUGCUUCAUGUGAUGCCAUCUGAACAUGAAGUGUUGAUUUAUCGUAUCUGUCCUGCAAUAAGCCAAGAGGGGCUACACAUAAAAUCUCACUCAAAGUAAGGGGAAUGGCUUCUAACAGGGAGAUGACAUUUCUAAUACCCAGCUACAGUGUACAUUUACAUUUGAAGAAUAAUUAUAAUCCUGAUGUUAUCAAAGAUUAUUUUUGUAUCAUUGUUCUUUAUAAAUGUAUGUUUUAUGAAGUUACAUGAUGGGAUUCAGUUACACCUUGUUACAUUGUAUUAUGUCAUCUCUCGUCCACCAUAACUUUGGCACAAAUAAAAGAUUUUGGUGUAGUAGAGCUUUUAGUAAAAGAAUUUUAACAUUUGACCUCGUAGCAGGAAAUAUCAUAGAACAGUUCUCUGUUGUCUCUAACUUAUAAAAAAGCCUUUGUAAUAAAAGUACUGACUUUUUAAAGAAAAAAAGGGGACUUUGGAUAAAUAGUGUAAAGUGAGAUAACGAAUAAAAUGAUGGAUGUUAUAUCAUGAUUUUGCUGUAUAACAUGCUAGUCAUAUGAGAAGAAGUGUUUCUGUAGGUGUGCAGCAUUAUGAACUCAAUAGAACCAUCAUAUAAAACAUGUACAUUUCAUAUAUAAUGUACUUGAAGUUUAUUUUAACAGCAGAUUGCACUUAAUGUCAUCUCACUUAAUGUCACAUUUCUUUAUAUGUUUUUCUUGAAAUGAUAUCUCAUUUUCUAUAUUUAUUGAAUGUAAUUAAGUUUGUUUGAUAUUGUGAACUCCUCUUAAUAUCAUAUUCUAUCAUUUCUCAUAACAACAAAAACAAAAUAUGUGUUUCCGGUUUCCCUACUGACCUUAGAUUUUUGUGCCUACCCUAAAGUUUUUGUUGGCAUUUAGUGAUAAGCACUCUUGUAGUCAGAACUCCUGCUCUGCAUAAGUAUAGAAAAAAUAUUAAAAAAAACCACCCAAGAAUUUGCCUAUAGCUACCUACCCCAAUUUCUAUCCAGCAGAAACAGGAACACAUAUCUUUUUUUUGGCCUAAUGUCCAAUAUGUGUACAUUGUGUGGUAAUGUAAAAUAUCAGUUAAACACAUGUUGAGGGUUUGCAGGACAAGAUUGGUGUAUACAUGUCAUUAUUGGAGGUUACUCAUUGUUAAAUGUGCUGAAUGGUUGAGGUGAAAUUAUUUUGUCAUAUUUCCGUGAUGAAAAGAGAUGAGUGUAUGAAUGAUUAAAAAUAUGUAUAAUAUUGUCUACUGAACAGCAUCAA